GAAGACUCUUUCUGAGUUUUUUCGUUUCCUUUCCUUAUUGACAAAAACAAAAUCUAUUUUCCUCCAUCAAUUUCUGAAUUUUCAUUUCUCAGCGCUAGUUUUGAAUUUUUCGAUCGCGAUAGGAUUAUCAUUCUAGUUCAUCAUCAUCAUCAGAAGAGGAUUGUGUGAAAUCUGAACCCUAAAUUCUCAAUUUUAGGGUUUUUUUUUGGUUCGAAAUGAUUCGAUCUUGAUAUCUUCAUCUGAAGGAAUUGUUAAUCCGUGUGUUUUUUUAUUUCUGUAUUUGUAGAAUUUUGAUUCAUUCAUCAGUAUUGGAAUGGGUUCUUGAGGCCAAUUUUGAAGCUGGAAACCGUAUUGGUUGAUAGAUUUUGAUCAGAUGAGCUGGUUUCUGAGUUAGGGUUUGUGUUUUUUGUGAAUCGAAUUGAAGUUUUGAGAUUGAGAGACUUGGAAUUCACUGGUUUUUGAGGAUUCAUUGUGCACUGAGGAGGAGGGAUUGGAAGGAUUUUGUGAGCUUAUUUUUGAACUCUAGAGGGAAGUUAGUAUCAGAUUUGUUGUUGAUUGGUUGGUACUUUGAUUUUGGGGAUUAUUGAAAUGCUGCUUCUGCUUAGUAGUAGUGGGUGUGUAUAAUUCAUUUUCGAAUCGUUUCGUAUAUUGCUUUCUUGUGUUCAUUGAGGUAAUUCAAGUGAGUUCUUGUGUUGAAUCACAAGAUGAGUGUGGAAAAUGAAGAUCAGUGCUUGGUUGCAGACAAAACUCUGAGGACGAAGCCACUGAUUUCAUAUUCAAGAGAAUUCUUGUUAUCUCUAAGUGAAUUGGAGGUUUGCAAAAAGUUGCCUAUCGGAUUCGACCAGGCUAUCCUACGUGAUUUUGAAGAUUUUUCAAAUAGUGCACCGGAGUGGCAGAGGCCUCCUGGUAGUUUUAGUUCACAGAAUUUUAGAUGUGGUGAGUACGAAUCAUCUCCACCCACUAGAGGUGAGUCAAAUAACUAUUCCCGAGGCGGGAGAUGGGAAACUCGGUCUUCUGGGUCAAAUGAUAGAGAUGUGGAUUCUCAGUCGGAUAAGGAUUCAGAUUCUGGAAGGCGCUUUGGCAAUCAACCUCGGCGUCCUUGGCAAAAUCCCGAGCAUGAUGGGCUUUUGGGUAGUGGUGCAUUUCCAAGACCAUCUGGGUUUACGGCUGGGGCUUCAGCUCCAAAGGGUCGAGGAAAUGGUACCUAUCAACUGAGUAAGACCAAUGAGCCAUAUCACCCACCACGUCCUUACAAGGCAGUUCCUCAUGCACGGCGAGAAUUUACUGACUCAAUUAAUGAUGAAACUUUUGGUUCAUCAGAAGAUUCUGGGCAAGAUAGAGAAGAAGAGGAGAGAAAAAGAAGAGCUUCCUUUGAGAUGUUUAGGAAGGAAAGUCAAAAAGAGAGGAACAACCAGAUUCCAGAAAAGAGCUCAGAAAACUGUGACGACCCAGAUAUAUUGGCACUAUUGAAGGAUUCUGAUAAUAGGUUAGUUAAUGAAAACAAUGGAACACAGGAUGUGACGCCUCCAACUUCACAGAGCGAGUCUGCUAUUUCUGCACCAACUCCCGCACCCAGACCACUUGUGCCACCAGGCUUUAGAACCUCAAUCUUGGAAAAGAAUCCUGUGAUGAAAUCUUUGGUUCCCCACCCACCAUCGGAGGUUGGUAGUAUUGAGGAUAAAUUUAGUGGAAUUUCUGAUAAUCAAGGUAAACUACCAGCUGCAUCUGUGGAUCCUAAUGCACAGAAGUUUGGUGUUCAGGCUGUUCAUACUCCCAUUUCAAGCAUUGGUGAAAAGAUAACCCGUCCUUCAGAUGUGUAUGUGUCUGACGGUGGAGUUGGUGCUGUUCGCCCAUCAUCUGAAUCUGUGAACCAACUACGACAAGCCUAUAAAACUCAACAGAGUGAUGUAGUUGUAGAUUUUGUUAAAGAGAGCAUUCCAGUUCACGAGAUUCUGGGCCAAAUUGGUCAAGAGCGUUCAGGAUCAAUUCUAGACAAACUAUUUGGCGGCGCCACAGCUAAUGAUGAUGUCAAAGCAGAUGACGCUGCAAGCGAAGUACCCGUCAAAUCCUCAAAAUUCAGUCUAUGGUUUGGUGAAGAAAAAAAGUCACCAGAAGAUUUACCAUCUGGCCAACCUAGAGACUUGCUUUCACUGAUUGCUGACAAGGGUAGAUCUCAUUUGUCUGAAAUACUCGAUGAGAAAGCCCCCGAGCAAAUUCUACCACUGUUUCCUUAUAAGAGCAAUGAACCUCUUCCUGGGUUUCUUUCUUCUGCUGAAACUACUGUUGGUCUGGGAAUCCGUGAUCCACCAUACAACUCUACUAAUCAAGGUGUUGCUCCACGAGUACUUACAUGCGAGGAUCUAGAACAGUCCAUUCUAUCUGAAAUUAGUGAUAACAGUUCGCAACCACUACAUCCUAUACAAGCAUGGGGCAGUAUGGAUUCAAAAACUAACCAGUCAAAACCUGAGGUGAACAAUCUUGCAUCCCAGCACAUUCUCUCUUUGUUGCAGAAGGGCACAAGUAUCAAUGAUUCAGUGCCAUCCUCCAAUCUGGAUUUACAAUCCUCGGAAAAUCUCCAUGUUUAUGAUGGAGGAUCUAUUAGUACUUUGAACAAUUCAAGUCAAGGCAGUUCUCAAGUUCACAAUGAUGACAAAUCUCCGACUCUUGAGACUUUUUUUGGGUCAUCCUUCAUGAAGGAGCUUCAGUCGGCACAAGCUCCAGUUUCUGCACAAAGAGGUUCAAUUGGGGGGCCCUUAAGAACGGAAUUAUCUGGCCCUCAUGGGUUUCCGUUUUCAGUUGCGGAUGCUAGUUUUGUUCCAUCUGAUGCCAAUGUAUUCGGAGGCAACGAACCUGCAUUUGAGGAUGAGCUUCCACGGUCCAACCUCGUGCAGCAAACUAAAUCCAACAUGACUGAGAACCGUCUGUUAGGGUUUGAUGUUCGUAAAAAGGAAUCUGGGUUCAAUUUUAGUGGGGUUGGUGGUUUCGAAAGCAGAACUGACAGGGCUGGUGGGAUUCAGCUGCCUGAAGAGGACAGCUUGCUUACUGCGGGUGAUGUUAUGAACCCUCAAAAUCCCGUGUUUAGGCACUCAGGAAAUGCAACUAAUGCUGAUUUAAGAUCCUCAGGGAAUGUGCCACUUGAUAUAGUUGGUAAACUAGCAGCUCUGAAUGCUGCCUUUAAAGAUGAAAGGUCCAUGGCACUAGGUCCUGAUGGUCCACCACCUUUUCUUCGUAAUCCUUACAAUCCAGCAGACCCUGAGAUUUCGUAUCAGAAUAUGCGAGGUCAGCAGUCUUCUCCGCCAUACCCUCAGCUUCAGAUAAAUCAUGGGAGGCCUCCAAUGCAGCCUCUAGAUUCACAUCAUGCUCGUAUGAAUCCACAGAUGAAAUUUAUGGGUCCAGAGAGUAUAAUCCAGCACGAGCAACCACAUCACCAGUUUCCUGGGAAUAUUUUUCAUCACCCUUCUCACCAACAAGCUCCUGGUAUGCCAACAAGGUUUGAUCCACCUUCCCAAAAUCAUUUGUUACAGCAACUACACCCAAGCCAUUUCCCACCAGCUCACCUACUACAUCAGGGAGGUGCACCUCUGCCACCUCAUCCGAUGAAUAACAUGGCUGGUCAUAUUCCCGAGGCGGACCCACUACAGGGAUUUCAAUUUCAUCGCCAACAAGGGUAUGGCGGGCAUGGUAUUCCUCUUCCAGGUCCUGCUGUUGGUGGAAGCAAUCAUUCAGACGCAUUUGGGAAGCUGAUGGAAAUGGAGCUGAGAGCAAAUGCCAAACAGAUGCAUCCUCUAGAUGGUCCAGGGCUUUAUGGCGAGGUUGACAUGCGUAUGAGAUACAGAUAAAUGUCUGGUGGGUGGUGAUUGUUGCUUGAGUCAUAUUCGUCCAGUUUGGGUUUUUGUGCUUUUAAGGGGGAAAAUAGCAUAAUUAUAUGCUUCAUUUCGAGGGAUUGUCUUCGGUUGGCUGGUGUAUAAUAUGGAUUUCAGUUCCAUUGAGCAUCUUGUUUGAGAUUGUAAAUUGUUUCCUUUUUUCCCUUCAUGCAUUUCGAAAAACCAUCCAUAGGAUGAUAGGAUUAAGAAGAAAAACCAAAAAAAAAAAAAGAGAAGCGAAGCGAAGGAAACAGUUUGUGCAGUAAAAA